ACUCUUUUUCUCUCUUCCCGUUUCCCAGAAAGGUCACAGCGUCAUUAGGUGUUCAAUUUUUAUCAGAAUGCAAACUGAACUCUCUCUCGUAGAUACCAAGGAUGAUAUUCUAAAAAUUCGCGAAUCGUACAACAGUUUGCUUAUGUCACUGAUUGAAAAGAACAAUCUUCGAGAAACUGAAGCCAAAGACAAAUUGGCUGAGAUGGAAUUAAAUUCUCUAGAACUUAAAAAUUCUCUUAAAGCCUAUGACAACGUUGAAUACGAAUAUUUUUCGGCUAUGAAACUGCUGUUGGUGUCUAAAAAGAACGAAGAAAAACUUUUGCACGAAUUGCAAGAAAAAAAUAAAACUAUAACCGUACUCAAAAACGAUUACCAAGCUAUAACUCAGCUAACCGAAAAAAAGUUGGCCAAGUCUGAAAGAGAUGCCGAAAAACUGAAAGAAAAGCACGACACUGAAAUAUUGAAUUUAAAAGCUAGAAUAGCUGAAUAUGAAGUUAAGGUACAAUGUUUACAAAAGGCACUAGAAAUAAAAGAAAAGGAAAUUGAGCGGCUAAGUGCAACACGCAGUGCACGUUAAAAGAAUAUAUGAAGUUUAUGUGCAGUUGUAGCCACGAGAAAUUUUCUGCAGAGGCGUUCGUAGACGUUAUCAUUGUAUCAUACGUGUUUACUAUUAGGUCUACUCAAAAAUCUGAGGGGCCUAGCGAAGACAAGUCCUAGACUGUUCAAGAGUGUAUGGAAAAGUUCGAAAAUGAGAACUGAAGACGACAUGAACUAGUGUGAUGAUAGCAAGUAACAAAAAUUGAAAAAAUCUUAGCAAAAGUUAAAUAAUUGUCUGAGGUCCACCAACAGAGAGAGAUAAGGUAGAAAGAAUCCUGUUUUGCUUAUUUUUAAAAAAAUUUUAAGAGCGUUUUUUCAGACUUGGCUAAGAUAUCAUGGGGUUCAGUUGGCAAAAAACUUUUUUUUUGACUAUAUUAAUUUUGUCAAUUGCCUGCAAUGUCAUUUUUCUGUGUAAUAAAUCUAUUCGAGAUCAGAUUUUCUCUUACCCUACUAAGUUAACCAAGAUGGCCGCCAACCCAAAGGUUUUUUUUGAUAUCGAGAUUGACGGUAAAAGUGCUGGACGCAUCGUCUUUGAGCUCUUUGCUGAUCGAGUGCCGAGAACAGCCGAAAAUUUCCGUGCCCUAUGCACAGGUGAAGCAGGAGUCGGCAAAGAAGGUCGCCCUCUACAUUACAAAAAUUCUAAAUUUCACCGAGUCAUUCCCAACUUUAUGAUACAAGGCGGUGAUUUCACCAGGGGAGAUGGAACAGGCGGUGAAUCUAUCUAUGGUAAAAAGUUUGAGGAUGAGAACUUCUCUCUGACUCACAACAAGCCUGGUCUGCUUUCUAUGGCAAACUCCGGAAGAAACACCAACGGAUCACAAUUCUUUAUCACCACUGUUGUGACAUCGUGGCUGGAUGGGAAACACGUUGUUUUUGGACAAGUGGUAUCCGGAAUGGACGUAGUGAAGAAGAUCGAAUCUAAGGGAACUCAAUCCGGAGAUCCGAAAGCAGUAAUCGUAAUUGCAGACUGUGGGCAACUUUAAGUUUUAUUAGCCAUGUGUUUUUUGAGCAUUUUAAUAAAAAGAUUCAAGUCGUCCAGUUUUAGUUCAUUUUAA